AUGGGGAGGUGCGCCCCCGACGUGGCCUUCGUGUGGAGGGCGCUGCUGACCCUGGGGCUGGUGCUGCUCUACUACUGCUUCUCCAUCGGCAUCACCUUCUACAACAAGUGGCUGACCAAGAGCUUCCACUUCCCCCUCUUCAUGACGAUGCUGCACUUGGCCGUGAUCUUCCUGUUCUCCGCCCUGUCCAGGGCCCUGGUUCAGUGCUCCAGCCACAGGGCCCGCGUGGUGCUGAGCUGGCCUGACUACCUCAGAAGAGUGGCUCCCACAGCACUGGCCACAGCGCUGGAUGUGGGCCUGUCCAAUUGGAGCUUCCUCUACAUCACCGUCUCGCUGUACACGAUGACCAAGUCCUCAGCCGUCCUCUUCAUCCUCAUCUUCUCUCUGAUCUUCAAGCUGGAGGAGCUGCGCGCGGCGCUAGUCUUGGUGGUCCUGCUCAUCGCCGGGGGCCUCUUCAUGUUCACCUACAAGUCCACGCAGUUCAACAUCGAGGGCUUCGCCUUGGUGCUGGGCGCCUCGUUCAUCGGCGGCAUUCGCUGGACCCUCACGCAGAUGCUCCUGCAGAAGGCGGAACUUGGACUCCAGAAUCCCAUCGACACCAUGUUCCACCUGCAGCCACUCAUGUUCCUGGGGCUCUUCCCUCUCUUUGCCGUGUUUGAAGGUCUCCAUUUGUCCACAUCUGAGAAAAUCUUCCGUUUCCAGGACACAGGGCUGCUCCUGCGGGUGCUCGGGAGCCUCUUCCUUGGCGGGAUUCUCGCCUUUGGUUUGGGCUUCUCUGAGUUCCUCCUGGUCUCCAGGACCUCCAGCCUCACUCUCUCCAUCGCCGGCAUUUUUAAGGAAGUCUGCACUUUGCUGUUGGCAGCACAUCUGCUCGGCGACCAGAUCAGCCUCCUGAACUGGCUGGGCUUCGCCCUCUGCCUCUCAGGAAUCUCUCUGCACAUCGCCCUGAAAGCCCUGCACGCCAGAGGCGACGGCGCCCCUAAGCCCCUAAAAGGGCUGGGCUCCAACCCCGACCUGGAGCUGCUGCUCCGGAGCAGCCAGCCAGAGGAUGAGGACAACGAGGAGGAGGAAUACUUCGUGGCCCAGGGGCAGCAGUGA